AUGCAUUUAUGCAGGAUAAUUACUAUAAUUAUAUUAGAAAGGAAAGUUCUCCUACUUAAUAAAUAUGCACGUCGUAAUGAUUUGCUCUUGCCUGCAUUUUUUCAGGGAUUUUAUAAAAAUGAUUAUGAUUUAGUAAAAAAAUAUGGAGGUGUACUAGGAGUGUUCGAAGGACACACACCAGUUGUACUUGUCAGUGAUCCGGAACUGUUACGCCAAGUUCUUGUUAAAGAUGGACACAUAAUUCGCGACAGACGAGUAGGUGGGAACACUUUAGGUCCAUUAGAACACGGUAUUAUUAACGCCAAAGGAGAUCAGUGGAAGAGUGCACGUGCAUUGAUAACACCAACAUUCACAACGAGCAAACUGAAACAAGCAAGAAAAAAGAUAAAUUGUCUCCCUCCAACACUUUUACUUCUGAUGGAUGCUUACGUGACAGAUAACAUUACAUCCUGUUUAUUUGGUAUUGAAACAAAUUCGCUGGAUAAUGGAUUCAAACGUGCGCCGUUAAUGGAGCAUUUGAACAACUUUCAACAAACAUUGGUCUGGAAUACAGCUCUCUAUAACAUGUUUCCACUAUUAACAAAUUAUUUAGCCAAAAAAGGCUUAUUUAUAUCUUCAAAAGAAUCCUGUCAGUAUUUAAUUAAUCUUCUUAAUUCUACAAUCGAACAACGAAAAAAACAGACAGAAAAACGGGCCGAUUUUCUUCAAACAAUGAUUGAUCACGAAUACGACGAAUCGUCAACAACAGAAAAUUUCAAAUCUGUAUCAAAUAAUCAGAAGAUAGUCAGUUAUGCAUUAGAAUUUUUUCUUAAUCAUGAUGUACCAGCUAUACUUCUAUCAUUCUUCAUGUACGUAAUGGCUAUACAUCCAGAUAUUCAAGAUAAAGUUUAUAAUGAAAUUAAAGCAGUUGUCAAAGAAGUAACAUAG